CGAGUGUCAGAGGCAGUACUGGCAUUGUCCACCCACAGAUAAUAAGUCCGCGACGUCAAGAAGGCUAAAAAGUCAGUGUUAGGUAACGACGACUGAAGACGGAUUGCUUGCAAGAAUUCAGAAAUAAACUCGAACCAUGGCAGAAGACCCAUCAUCAACGGAACCUUCCUGCCAGCUCCGUAGACGCCGGUCCGCGGGUAAUCCGAACUUGCCCCUGAACCUCGAGGUGGGGUAUCAGGUGAACGAAGGGGGACCGAGCCACGGAACCCCGUCUCCGUCUCCUGGAUGCAUCAAGUUUGCUGCGAGCUCCAGGUCCCCCACGUCGUCUUCAGCCCUUUUAGAGUUUAGGAAGAAGCAGCAAUCUUUUGAUAUACAGAUCGAAGAGUGUGAAGAGGAAGAGAUCUUAAUAGAGAGUGACGAAGAAACCGAACCGGGUACCCCUGCUCCCAAUGUCAACCGCGCCGUGACGCCCACGCCUAUACAGGACUUCGCUGCCAACGUCGUUUACACUGAAGGACCUCAAGUAACGGACUUCCUGAAGGUGAAAACUAUAGAACAGGACUGCCUCACAGACGUCUCUGAUGCGGACUCUGACGCAGAGGGCGAGGAGUGAACGAGAAUACCUAUCAAAUAUCAUUAUUCUUCGUGUAUAUGAAUAUUAUAAUUAUAUAUGUUGAUAUUAUCGCAAUAAAUAUAAUGAGUUGUUGGUAAUUGUAUGUUUUCUU